UACUCUAUGUGCCUUCAUUUGACGUUUGUGGUGCAGACUGCAGUGCAGGUGUAGUGGGCUUAAAAUAUUAAAAAUAAUAUAACUGUAGAUAAUGAACACAAUGAAGUUUUUAAGAAAAAAGUGUAUCGUGUUUUCCAAACGACGAAUAAAAAGCAAUUAUUGUACAUUUACAAAUAAUCACCUGAAUGAGACUGGCAGCACUGGCAGCAGCGCGGAGGCAGCGCGCUGGCCGCGGCGGGUGGUGUCGGCGCUGCAGCCCACGGGUGCGCUGCACGUGGGCAACUACUUCGGCGCGGUGCGGCGCUGCGUGCGGCUGCAGCGGCGCGGCGAGCCGCUCGUGCUGUUCGUGGCCGACCUGCACGCGCACACCGCACCGCAGGACCCGGCGGAGCUGCAGCGGCGCAGCCUGGAGACGGCGGCGUACCUGCUGGCCAGCGGCGUGGACGCGGAGCGCGGCGUGCUGUUCCUGCAGUCGGCCGUGCCGGCGCACGCGCGCCUGUGCUGGCUGCUGGCUUGCCUGGCCACGCAGGCGCGCCUGGCGCACCUGCCGCAGUACCGCGAGCGCGCGGCGGGCGGCGACGCGCCGCUGGGCCUGCUGCUGUACCCCGUGCUGCAGGCGGCCGACGUGCUGGUGUACCGCGCCACGCACGUGCCGGUGGGCGCCGACCAGCUGCAGCACCUGCAGCUCACGGCGCAGCUGGUGCGCACCUUCCACCACCGCUUCGGCCGCCUCUUCCCCACGCCCGCGCCGCUGCUGCCGGAUGACGGGAGCGAUCGCAUCCGCAGCCUGCGCGACCCCAGCAAGAAGAUGUCCAAGUCCGACUCCGACCCCAAGUCGCGGAUACUGCUCAGCGACGGCGACGACCUCAUCCGGCUCAAGAUACAGAAAGCGGUCACCGACUUCACGCCAGAGGUGAUAAAAAAUAUUGAAUUAGUCGACAUCCACAUGCCGCCCAGUAGCGCCGAUGCGUUGGUACAGGUGAGCUUCGACCCCGCGGCGCGGCCCGGCGUGUCCAACCUCGUGACCCUGCACAGCCUGGCGGCCGACAAGCUGCCGGAGGAGGCGCUGGAGGAGGCGCGGGGGCUCAGCACGGCGCAGUACAAGCGCGUGGUGGCCGACGCGCUGUGCGGCGCGCUGCGGCCCGUGCGCGAGCGCGCUCAGGCGCUGCUGGCGCGCCCGGCGCUGCUGCACGAGCUGCUGCGGCACGGCGCCGCCCGCGCGCGCGCGCUCGCCGACCCCGUGUACGCCGAGGUGGCGGCGCGCGCGGGGCUGGCGCCGGCCGCGCCGCGCUGAGCUACAGCCGGUGGUGGUGCGGCGCGCCCGCGUGCUCGGGCGCGCGCUCCCGCAGCAGCGCCACCAGCUCGCGCAGCAGCUCCACGCCCUGCGCCACGGCCUCGGCCUGCUUCUCGGCGGCCAGCGCGCUGCGCAUGGCGGCCUCGGCCAGCAGCUCCUCGGUGGCGAGGCGCGGCGCGUCGGCGCACUCCUGCUCCGAGUACGCGUCCUCGUCCAGCUUGCGCUCGUCCGCCUCGUCCGCCAGCAGCGCGCCCGCGCCGCGCGCGCCGAACGCCGCGCCCGCUGCACACCACACGGGCUCAAACGUACCGUUUCACUGAGCUCAAGGACUCAACAGUUAACUAAUAAUAAUUUUAAUAGUGUGGUGUAAAUAAAUUAUAUAUAUUGUUGUUUAGAAAAUAUAUUUGAGUAUGAAAUGUUUCUAAAAUUAA